AUGGAGGAGCAUUUCCCGGAGCCGUGGGUGAAGACGCCCUUGAUCGAAAGCCGGCCCUUCGGAGAAGCAGCGAAAUGCAGAGUCUUCCUGAAGCUCGACAAUCUACAACCCGCCGGGUCCUUCAAGUCUCGAGGUAUCGGGAACUACAUCCUGCGCCGAGACGCUGAACGUCGGGGAUCUUCCAAAAUACACUUCUAUGCGGCAUCAGGAGGCAAUGCAGGCAUUGCCUGUGUCCACGCCGCCAAGUUGGUAGGCCACCUGGCGACAGUGGUGGUCCCUACCACUGCAAAGCCUGCAAUGGUGUCUAAGUUGUGGGCCAUUGGGGCAAUGGAAGUCAUUCAACAUGGCGCCAGUAUCGCAGAGGCCCAAGAAUACAUUCAGAAGGACCUGUUGCCAAAGGACCCCAACGGCUGUUUCGUUCCGCCCUUUGACCAUCCAGACAUAUGA